AUGGCUCUCGACAACUUCUACCACAACAAAAUCGAAGCUCUCAAGCUUGAAAUCCUCCAAGGUCAAGCGGUGUUGCGCCGGUUAGAAGCCCAACGAAAUGACUACAACUCAAGAGUGCGACUCUUGCGAGAAGAGCUGGGUUUGCUGCAACAACCUGGCUCUUACGUGGGCGAAGUCGUCAAGGUCAUGGGCACCAAGAAGGUGCUGGUCAAAGUGCAUCCCGAAGGCAAAUACGUUGUUGAUAUCGCCGACAGCGUCGACAUUUCCAAACUGACCGUCGGAAAGCGAGUUUCCCUUCUCUCCGACUCCUACAAACUCGAAAAGAUACUCCCUUCAUCCGUUGACCCGCUCGUUUCCUUGAUGAUGGUCGAAAAGGUUCCGGACAGCACAUAUGAUAUGAUCGGCGGACUCGAUCAACAAAUCAAAGAGAUCAAGGAAGUCAUCGAGUUGGGUUUGAACCAUCCGGAACUCUUCGAAUCGCUCGGGAUUGCCCAACCAAAGGGUGUCCUUCUCUACGGGCCGCCAGGAACAGGCAAGACCCUCUUGGCACGAGCCGUCGCUCACCAUGCCGACUGCAAGUUUAUCAGAGUGUCCGGUUCGGAAUUGGUACAAAAAUACAUCGGUGAAGGGAGCAGGAUGGUGCGAGAACUCUUCGUCAUGGCCAGGGAACAUGCACCCAGUAUCAUCUUCAUGGACGAAAUCGACAGUAUAGGCUCCAGCCGUGUGGAAGGAAGCAGCGGUGGAGACUCAGAGGUCCAACGCACCAUGUUGGAACUGCUGAACCAACUGGAUGGCUUCGAACCAACCAACAACAUCAAAGUCAUCAUGGCAACAAACCGACUCGACAUUUUGGACCCUGCGCUUCUGCGACCGGGUCGCAUCGAUCGUAAAAUCGAGUUUCCUCCACCAACUGUCGAGGCCAGAGCCGAUAUUCUGCGCAUCCACUCCCGAAGCAUGAACCUGACCAGAGGAAUUGACCUGAAGAAGAUUGCUGAGAAAAUGAACGGCUGCUCCGGGGCCGAACUCAAGGGUGUGUGCACAGAGGCGGGCAUGUUCGCAUUGCGAGAACGGAGGGUCCACGUCACGCAGGAAGAUUUUGACCUGGCAACAGCCAAAGUCCUCAACAAGCAUGAUGACAAGGAGGUGUCACUAGGCAAGUUAUGGAAGUGA